CUAUUAACGACCCCCUAAAAUGUGUACUCUAUUAACGAUCUAAUUUUUAAAUCACUCAUAUUAGACAUAAUAUAGGGUUCCAGAAAAGUCAUACCUUAAAAAUUAGUAACGUAUUUUUGUUGGACAACAAAAAGAGUAAAGUUUGUGUGUUUAAAUAGCCAGUGAAAAAAGUAAUUUGACAGUAAGUGGGACGCGCCCGAAGCGGACGCACGUUUCAUAGUGUCGCGUCUCCAGCCACAAUCAUGGAGCCGCAGAAGCGCAAGCAGUACGCCUCUGCUCAACUAGAAGCUGCGCUUCUAGCUAUAAAUGAAGGUACCAGCAUAUACGAAGCUUCAAAAACCUAUGGCAUACCGAGGACAACUCUGCGUGACAAGAGAAAUAAUAAAUAUAUAAAUGAACAUUGUGGAAAACAAACAGUUUUAACGAAGGAGGAAGAAAAAAGACUGGUAGACUGGAUUUUUUAUCUCGGGAAGUCAGGUUUUCCUGUAACUAAGGAUCAAUUGUUGGAAACAGUAGCAAAAUUGGUGGAAAACUUAAAUCGCUCUAAUCCUUUUAAAGAUGGUGUUCCCGGAAAAGCAUGGUUUCUUAAGUUUAUGGCGAGGCAUCCUACCAUUUCAAGGCGAAUUACUCAGAAUUUGCCUACAAGCCGUUCACAUAUUACAGAGGAAGCUGUAAGAGCAUGGUUCAAUCGAGUACAUAGUUAUUUUGAACAAAAUAACCUUCUUGAUGUUUUGGAAGAUCCUAGUCGGAUUUUUAAUUGUGAUGAGACCGGAUUCUUUUUGUGUCCGAAAGGAAAACAAGUUCUUGUCCGAAGAGGCAGCAAGAAAGUAUAUAGUAGAGUGGCCAAUGACGAAAAGGAGUGUUUAACAGUGCUAGUAAAUGUGUCUGCAGAUGCUGCAAUAGCACCUCCCAUGGUCUUAUAUCCAUACAAGCGUUUACCAAAAAACAUUGUUCCAACUGUACCAUCUGGAUGGGGUAUCGGUCACACUGAGUCAGGAUGGAUGAAUAUGGCCGCAUUUUAUGAGUACGUUGCCAAUUGCUUUUAUCCCUGGCUGAUUCAGCAUAACAUACAAUUUCCUGUAGCUUUAUUUCUCGACGGUCACACUUCUCAUAUAUCACUCCCUCUGACAGUUUUUUGCAAAGAAAAGGGAAUAAUCCUAAUAGCAUUAUUACCUAAUGCAACGCAUGUUCUUCAACCCUUAGACGUUUCUGUAUUCAGACCCGUGAAAGGAACUUGGAGAACCGUUGUUCAUGAUUUUAGAGUUCAAAACAACUUUGCAAAAUUAAGACGAAUAGAUUUUGCACCUCAAGUGGAUAUUUGCUUAAAAAAGACUCUUGUAUCACAAACAAUUAAGAAUGGAUUCCAAUGUUGUGGAUUAUAUCCCUUUGGACCUGAUAAUGUAAAUUAUGAUAAACUUUUGACAAAAAACGCUAAUGCAACAAGUGAAGAAAGUGGAGACAAUGCAGAUGAUAUUAGUAGCCAUGGAUCGAGUACUGUUACAGGCAAUGAGAAAUCUGUCGACGAUACAGAAAAGUUUAAACAGCAGUUUGAACGUCGCUUAUCACCUGAAGUUCUCCUAAUGUUCCAAAAAUCGGGAUCGGUAUGGAAUGGCGAUGAGACAUACAAAAAAUUAUUUGAGUUUUGGAGGGAUAUUAAUCCUAUCGACAAUACACCUUUACAACAAACUUUCGAUAACAAUUUAGAAUUGGGUGAUACCACGCUUGUCAACAAUAUUGGUGAAGAAGAGACGUUGACUUAUGAAGUCAGUGCAAGUGGAUGUCUUGUUCCAAACCGUUUUAAUACCGUUUCUAAUAAUGUUUUAAUGUUUCCCAUGGACGAAUUGCUAUCUCCAAUUAUAUCUAAAGAAUCGGAUACCAUAUCUUUAUUGAGCACUCAGCCUGAAUCGAAUCUUUUGGAAUAUGUUAAUGAGAUACCCCCCAAAACAAUUACUACUUCAACUGAUUGCGUCAAAGAGUAUUUAACUCUUCUAGUGAAGAUCACAAUGCAAGAACAUCAACUCCUAAACAAUCCAAUAAAAACUUUAGUGAUGAACCUAUGCUACUACUGAAUAAAAGUCAUAGUGACGACACAUUGUUCACUACAGUUAAUAAUGAAACGCCAUGUAAGUCAAUCCAAAAUUCUAGUCAUUCAAGGUUUAAACCAAAAGAGCUCAA